CAGAUACACGCAAUUACCGUUCCUAUUUUGUAUAUAGAGUAGAGAAACGAGAGAUAGAAAUGGUAUUUAAAAUGCAAAGUCACGCGCGAUACAUUUGUUCCAUCGCGUUCUAUAUGCGUUUCUACUCUGUCCUAUUCUUUUAACGUACGCGAAAGAUCGAAAUGUUUUAAGAUGCAAAGAUUUAGAUGGACGAAUUUGCACCGUUAAACGUAUCCUGAAAGAAAAGUUAGUCGCGAUUUUGGUUCUCUAUACUCAGUUUGAUCCGAAUCUUAUACGCGUCGCAAUAAAAUGCCAGGAUUUUUAUAGUUUUAUACAGGUUUGUUCCGCGUACGUUUAAAUUCGAUUUAAAAAAAACGUUCGAUACACGGAUAUCCCUUCUUUGAGUUAUCGCACGUGUAUCGGAUAUAAACGUUUACGUUUGAAAGGAUUUUUCAACAUAGAUAACUUCCGGAUAAAUUUGUAGGAUUGUACCGAAAAGGCAAUGAUAUUUUCGCAUCGUUUCGAAAUAGUUGGUAAUUCUCGAACAACAAGAUUCCUAUUUUCGAAGAUAUCAAAUUCCAAAACGAAAGAUCGAACGAGGCAAAAGGCAAACAACAACCUAUGAAACUCGGUUAACUCGAAACGAAACUCCCCACGAUUAUGCCAACCUUGCCGAAUGAAAGUUGUAUUUUCAAGUAAAACUCUAGCAUCGAGGUAUCUCGACAACAACACGAUAAUCUCCGCCAAACUCCCUUUUCUUUCCCACUUUCUACCGUUCUCCAAUCAAAUAUUCAUCAUUCGCGCCUCCACGCCUCCGCCACCCAAACACUCCCUCCUCGCUCGCUCGAUAAAAUUCCAACGUCCCCCUCCCCUCCUUCCCCUAACGAUAUUCCACGUUCGUGUUCUCGCUUAUAAACCUUCUUCCUCCGUAAGGCUAAUUUUCCACCGAACCAUCCCCCCAUUGUUCUCGAGUCGAAGAACACGAAAACGAUCGGUUUCACGCUCCUACCCAGGAGGUUAAUACAACAUUUCCGGCCAGGAAGGAUCAAAACACCGAUUAAUUCCGGCCAAUUUCGUAUUCUCGUUGCAUAUCAAACUCCGGUCGAUGUUCGCAAUAAACAGCACUUUAAUUCCCCCCUCUUUUUCCUCCCUCGUUUUCGCCUACUUCGAAACCGGCCCACUAAUCUCUAGAUCUGAUCCCGUGCAUACGUAAGAAACGGACGCCUCGUGCAACACCGCCAUUCCAACUCUGCACUCCGCGGAGAUCCAUCUAUCGAUCGAUGCGCCGAAGGAAAGGUUUCCAUUAAGCAAGGCGUACCAACCAAGGCGUGUUACUAGCUGUACGUACAACUGUUUCAUCAGCCCGGGUGGCGCAUAUAUCGGCGUACAUUGUGACUGGCCAAUUGCCGUCACGUAGAACCGAUCGAAAGGUGGGGACCAGCUACUUACUUACGUUACACGGUGACCCCCGUGUACGUGUGUACAUCUGGCUGGCCUGACCCGUGCAUCAACGCGCAUUAUAUUGGCAACGAAUCAAUAAUACCUACGCAUACGCGUUACGUUGCUUAUCACGUGCACGUCUUUGUGUCUGUGUAAAUUUACCAUGUGUGCACGUUAUAUUCGCGUAUUAUGUGAUACGUAGGAUGGUACAUGGGAAUCGAGUUUGGAAACCGGUGAAAAAUUUGGCUAAUUUCUGAUUGGAUAUAGGCGAAAUAUUGAUAGAAAUAUCGAGUCAUUUUAAACGCACGAAAAUAAACGAAAAAUAUAAAGUUUAUUAUCGUUUACCAGUUUUCGAGAAAACAAAAUAUGAAAAUUCGUCGAAUAUCUUACCACUUUUGUCCAAUUCCUUCUUUUUUUCUAAGUUUUAUCAAUUUCCAAAUUGAUAAUGAUUGAAAAUUAUUCCGAUCAAAAAUUAUCCAAAUGUUUUUUUCCAUAGAAGAUCGUUUUAAAACAAUUUUUCAAAAAAAAACGAAACUAUUCGAACGAAAAGAAAUAUCAAUUCCUCUGAUAUCGGCUCUUGCUCCUGUAUUCGCGUAUAUAUCUUAUAUAUAUAUAUAUGUAUAUAUAUAUUCUAUUUCUAUCACGACGCCGAUGUGAUAUCGCGUCGCAUCUGCACGGAAAUUUAUGCAAAGCAGCCCCGCUUGAAUGGGGAACCCUCGUGAGGGCGAGCAGGAGAAUGAACCCGAUUCUGUGACCCGCCGAUCCUCGGGAAACAAUAAAUCUCGGAUAACGAUUGGCAACGGAGAAGAGAAUCCUGGCCGGGAGUACUUUUCCCUCACUCUUCUCCAAAGGAGGACUCGAAACCUCGCAAGGAUGCGGGACCGGCUAUCGUGGUACAUGGUCUUUCUGAUCCUGCCGACAAUUCUUCUGGCCAGGUCGCUCGAUAAAGAAAAUUUUUUUUCAGAUCGACGCGUCCCGUACAGUAUACCGGCAGAUUGGAAGGCGUUGUGGUUCAGCAAUCUGGACGAUCUGCAAAGAGUGAACGAUGCGAACGACAACAACACCGUCUCGAACGUCACCGUGCAAUUGGGUGGGACAGCGUUUUUGCAUUGCAAAGUUCGCAAUUUGGCAGACAGAACGGUAUCCGACGCUGAGAUAUCCUGGAUACGGCGACGUGACUUCCAUGUGUUAACCAGCUCCACGUUCACGUACACGAACGACGAGCGGUUUCAAGUUUUGCAUCCCGAGGGCUCGGACGACUGGACUCUUCAGAUCAAAUACGUUCAGGACAGAGACAACGGGACCUACGAGUGUCAGGUCUCGAGGAGUACAGGGAUAUUAUCGCACUUUGUCAAUCUAAACAUAGUUAUACCAGAAGCGUUUAUAUUAGGGAGCGGCGAGCAUCACGUCGACGUAGGAUCCAUUAUAAAUCUCGUAUGCAUAAUAGAAAAGAGUCCAACACCGCCGCAAUAUGUUUUCUGGUAUCAUAAUAAUCGAAUGAUAAAUUACGACACUACGCGAGGCAGCAGCGUAACCGUACAAACCGAUUCGAGCUCGACUCAAAGUCGGCUGACGAUUCACCAAGCGGUUGAAUCGGACACAGGCAAUUAUACGUGCAGCGCCUCCAAUACCAAACCGGCAUCCAUCUAUGUCUUUGUCACAGAAGGUGACAAAAUGGCAGCCAUACAGCGCCGCAAGACGUCGGCCGCGAAGAAAAAUUUCUGUGAAUUGCUAGUACUAAUUGUCACAAUUGCGAUAGAGGUCGUUUUAACGCGAUAAGCGUUUCUCUUCGAUAUGUCCAUUAUUAUUAUCGUUACUUCCGUUUGUGAUAGAUAGGCUACUAUUUCUGCGAUUUUAAUCCCUCUUCUCUAUUCAUUCUCCUUCUUUCCCUUUUGAAAGCUGAACAUCGUCGUAUCCCAAUAUCUUAUUUCUCUCCACAUUUUUUAACACGAUCUUGGUCCAUUUCGUCUCUUUUAUAUAAUUUUCAAUUUCCAUGCCAUCGUUAUUCCCUUUAUCUCCCAUUCCUUCUUUCCAUACCUCUUUCAUUUCUUCCUUCCGUUCAAAUUAACCGCGUUCGUACAAUCUCGUUAAGUCUUGUCAACCCGUGUCAUCUUCACCCUGUAAUAUUUUCUUUUCGAUCGUCGAAACUGAAGCCGCCGGUGGCUUGAAUUUAUACGAGAUUUUCAUGGUGGAUCGUUCUUCUGCGUGUGUCCACGUGUUCUUUGACGCGCGGCUGAUAUUGUAGAGAAAAAAAAGGAAAAAAAAAGAUCUUCGUCGGUAAUCACAAUUUCUCUCUCUUUCUCUUUCGCUCCUCUCCCUUCUCCAUUCUCCAUCCCGAGUAGAAUUUGUUCGUUAAUUUGAAACUAAUAUCUUCCUUCCUGUCACGAAAGUAUUUUCGGGGAAACGAAACGAGAGAACUAGAACUCGAGAUGCAUACGCAAACGCUGUCUCAGUUUCAAUCAUCCAAGAAGAAUGAGAAUCAAUAAAGUGCAAUAAAAAUUUAUAAGUAUACGUGAUUAAAUAAAUAAAGAAAAAACGAACCGUUGUAAAACUUUUUUUUUCUUUUCUUCGAUACCUGAUACCGACUUUUUAUUAUCCAAACUACGUGAAAAGAAAAGGAAAAAAAAAGGGAAAAAAGAAGGAAAAAAGAAACGAAAUCUGUGAUCGUGUCAGUUUAUAUAUAUAUAAAAUAUACAUAUAUGUAUAACCGUUUUACAGAUUCGCUGUAAGAUUAUUUUUUCGAGCGAAAAAUUCCAAUUGAAGUCUUAUUAUUCGAUGGCCGACGGGCACACGUGUGGAUCUCUCGAGGAAAAUGGAAUGGAUUAACUGUAAUCGCGAUAUUUUUCGAAAAGCAAUACGAAUCCUUGCGUCACGUCGAUUUAACUUAAAAAAAAAAAAAAACGACGAUAGAAAUCCUCCCUGAUUCCGUUUCAAAUGUAUUCGUGCAGAGCAACACGUUUGCUACGUCGUGGCAGUUUUUGCGCGGCUCUCGUCGAAACAAACACGGACACGAAUUAAUCACGAGAGCGUAUUGAUGUAUUCAAAGUUUGAAAUUUCGACGGUUUUACGACGAGCAUCGAAACGAAUUCGCGGAACUGCAACGUACUUUCCCUUCGCCCCUCCGAUCCUCCUACCAUUCACACGCGUUUCCUCGUUGUUUGAUUAAUCAUCGCAAGAUGAUGUUUCGAUCCAAUUCUGUAUCCACCGCGAAUCUAGCCUAUCCUUUCUUGUAGUUUCAUAGGUGGAACAAUAUCGUAGAUCCGCGUAGAGAGAUCGAUAUUUCUUUCUACGUGUGAAUUUCUUAUCUUCCCUUCGCUCAAUCGAUAUCGUUAUUACACGAAACUGUAUAAAUUGUACGUGUAAACAUUGGAAGAUCGAUCAAACGAAAUUCUUUCUUAAAUAACUUACAUCGUUCUCGAGAUUUUCGUUUUUGUUUCGAGUUUCUACUUGAGACCGAGGCGUGAAUAACAGGUAUGCCGAUAUUGUUCCGAAUUUUCGUUUCAAUGUUGAAACCAUCGUCGAAAAUUUUGUACUUUCGAUACGAAUUUGACCCCGAGUUAUAGUCUCCGCAUAAAUGAUUGUACGACAUGUGUGUAUUUUUAAUUUGUCCUCCGUUUAAAAUAAGCCGAGGAUUAAAAAAUAUUAGUAACGAUGAAAAGAAACAGGUUUCUUUUUUUUUCCUCUACACAAUCAACUAUCUUAUAGGAAUUGUUGUACAUUUAUCGACAUUUCGUCUGCAUUUGAUAAUCAUUUGAAACGAUUUGUUUAACAUAUCGUGAGAAAAUAAAAAGUAAGUCCUUGUUUUCGAUUGAGGAAAGGGAACGGGAAGAGAGGAGAAUGGAAAAUAGAAGAGAAGUUAAAUGCGGACGAAAGGUUUAAAAAAAACAGGGAUCAAACGACAAAAAGUAUUAUAGACGUAAGAAAUGUAAAGGGAGAUGCGCUUGUGUAAAAUUCAGUAUAAGAAGCUGCCAUUAUCGUUCGACGUAGCAAAAUCUUCGGAUUGAUCGUUUCAUGAUAUUUUCGAUUUUACGAUUGUUCGAGAUAGAUCUGCGUAUUAGGUAUAUUAGAAAGCUCUGAAUUAUUACGUAUGUAUAACGAAGUUUUCUUAUUCCAAGUAACGAUUCCAUGUGAACAGGAUCGCGUGCGUGUCGCGUGACACUGCUAUCGAUUGAAUAGAGAAACGUAGAGAAUGAAAACGUGGGUGGGGGAGAGAGAGGGUCUAAGAAAAAAGAAAGGAGGGAGAGUGAAGUAUAAUAAAAGAAGCCAUGAGACACGAAACUUGAUUCGAUCGAUUCAUUUACUCGCUUCCUUGCUUUCACCGUUGUUUGACAUCGUCGUAAAAAUUGUGUUUGCGAAAAAACGAUAUUUUUAUCCGAUAAAAAUUUUUUCUGUACUUCCCUUAUGGUUUAAGAAAAUACACGUCCUUCGACGAUUGAGUAUCGAUAUAAUUAAAUAAGGAAGAAAAAUAGCCGAUCAGUAACUAUACAUUUAAUAACUCGGAUCACGAUUUACGAAAUUAAAUAAUAUUGAAAAAGAAACGAUAUUGUACGCGUUGAAAAAAAUGAAUAAACCUUGGAACACUCUUCGGUAAAACUUUUGUCUAGAGUCUCCUAGAGGAUAAACGAAUAAGAUAAAUGCAAGAGAAAGAGAGAGUGAGAAAAAGAUUUUAUUAAAAAAACUCUUGAUUGAUCUCUUUCGAAAUAAGUAACAAAUUUAAUAGAGAAUAUAAGAUCGAUAGGUUAUAAUAAAUGAUAAGACUUUAAUACACUCGAAACAAUUUGGAUCGUAAUUUUACGCGUGUCUGCGUGUAACGUGUCGAAUCUUGAGGCAUCGAUAGAUAUGUAUCUACCAUAGAAAAUCUCUAUGUAAUUUCACCACUAUGCGUAUAAUGAUGUUUUGUAACUUAUGUUUGCUGUGUAACGAAAAAGAAAAAAAAAAGGAAUCAACAUUUUAUCGGUUAUACCAAUAUCGAUCGUCUGAUCCUUUUUUUUUCGUAAUUUCGUAAUUUCGUAAUGUUUUGCGUAACUCGAGGAACAUAAGACACAAAAAUACACAAAUACACGAUACAAACGGUGAAUGAAAAAAAAAAAAAUACUUUCUUACGUUGAUCGACGUUUUCUUACGCCCGCCUUCUUACGAACAUUUGUGUCCUUUUAUUUCGAAUAUUUAUUCAUAAAUCCGUUGGAAUCGAAUUUUAAUAAAAUCCACAAUAUAAAACAUUGA